AUGAAUUACAGCGAAUUUUUGCGAGUACCGUCCAGUCCACCAGAACCUGCAUCGAAUCCUGCUGGGCGUUCCACAGGACCUUCAUUCGAUCAAAGUCCGAGUAGUCCAUUGGCAAACCAAGAAUUCGACUUGUCAGUGGCAGAAAAAUUGCAGCAUGACCGCCAAUGCCAAUAUCAAAGUGUUAGACAACCAUUCUCAUCGCCACUGAAAGACACUGGACGCCGUUCUAUGGCUGCACGUUCACGACACCGGCGUCGAAGCUGGCAAAGUCACCGGCAUCGAACAUUUUUGGAAAACCGCGCGCUUGUAGCGCGUGGCGGUGCUGACCAAAUGGAACAAGAUGUGAUUGCUCUGGAAAGAGACGCAGAAUUACAGCAGCUUGCGGCUCAGGCCCAGCUACACCAUAUAGACGCCGACGAGGUGGACGACGAAGCCGAUGGCAUCCCCCAAAAUGAUGACCGCCGCGGCAACGAAAAUGAUGCUGACGACGAUGACGAUGAUGACGACGGCGACGACGAUCUCGUAGUACUCUUGCAGGAGCGUGAUCACUACGAGAACAUGCUAAUGCUCGAGCAACAGCUCUUGGAAGAGGCAAUGGCCAGCUUCACUAUCACAGAUGACGAGUAG